AUGUUUAAUUAUGAAGGUAUGGAUUCUUUGGCUAAUGAGGAAGACAAUUUUAGAGUGAAGUACUUUUUAGUGUUAGUUAACCAAACUCUGGCAUCAGUGAAAAUAAUAUUUGAACAAAUAACUCAAUACAAUGAACAAUUUGGAUUCUUGUAUAGAAUUGGUCAGUUGAAAAAUAUGAGAGAAGAAGAGUUAUUUAAACAUUGUGAAGAUUUACAAAUUACGUUCACAGAUGUCCAAUCCACAGAUAUUGAUGUAGCUGAUUUAUGUACAGUACUCCCUCGUUAA